AUGGCUUUCAAUGGUAUUGAUGCACUACGCGACCACGAUUACUUACCAAAUAAUGAACUGCAGUAUGAAGAGUUGAUGGAUUUCAACAGUUUUGAAGAGGAGGAGGAAGAAUGUGUUAUUGACGAAGAGGAGGAAGAAGAUGAUAUUGAAGAAGAUAACAAUGGUCAACUGGCAAAUAUCCAGCGUCAGCGAGCCGAAACAUUUACGAUUUUACCUGGUGUCAGAAUAAAUUCAGUAGUAUUUAUGGAUAACUUGUAUUAUAGGUAUUAUAAAAAUGGUGCAAGGAACGAUAAAACAUAUUUAAUUUGUGAAAAUCAAAAGACUGUUGCGGUGCAUUGUCCGUCAACAGCUUGGGUCAGGACUAUGGACAUAAAAAAAGGGAAUGGUGAUAUAAUGACUCGGGUUCAACACAACCAUUUCCCUCCAAAUGUUGACAUUCCAAUGGUGCAUUUACGAAGAGCUAUUGGUCUAGCUGGAACAAGUACCGUCAAUUUGGCUACUUCAAUCCGACAAAUUUAUAACCGAGAAGUUGUGUUAAAUCCAGAAGGUGCACAAAACUAUACACAUUUACAGUCCCGGUUUUGUCUGAAUAAAAUGCGACGUCGUCGUCGUCCAAAAAAUCCAACUACCAUUGAACAGUUAGCACAUAUCCUGAAUGAACCAACCACAUCAACAUCAUAUAUUUCAACCCUGCAGCGCCCUUCUUCAAGAUUUUUUCAACAUGGUUGUCCAUUGAUAGUAGAUAGAGAACUAGUUGGAGUAGUAUUUGCUAAUACAGAUGCCAUUGGAAAAUAUAGUGGAGAACUACUCCAAUCAAUUACCAUCGCAGGAGUAGAUGGGACUUUUAAAACUGUGCCAAGAAAUCCUCCUGAUUUGAAAAAAGGCUGCCUGCUUACUUUUCAUAUAGUUUACAGAAAUGUGUCUUUUCCAAUGGUGUAUGCAUUGACUACAAGAAUGACACAGUCCACAUAUGAGUCCUUCUUUAGAGUCGUACACCAGAUUUUACCUCUGAACUACAACCAGUUAACCAUAAUAACAGAUUAUGAACGAGGUUUGAUGAACGCAGUAAGGAUUGUUUUGCCUCAUACAAAGCUUCAGGGGUGUUGGUUUCACUACUGCCAAUCUGUUAUCCGGUACUGCAAAAGGAGCAUGAACGGACUAUUUCAUCUAUUUCAGACCAGUGUUGAGGCUGCUACAGUUUUACGCAUGGUGUUAGCUCUACCUCAUCUUCCAGCAGAAUCCCAAAUUAAUUGCAAUUUUACAAUGCUUGAUGGUUUUCAAAUAAUCGUAGAUUAUGUCAACCAACAACCAGAUAUUCGCGAACGCCUACAAGCAUUUCUAUUUGGCUACAUCCAAGAUUUUUGGUUCAUACAAAUAACUGCUGCAAACAUAAGUGUCUUUGGGUCAGAAGUUCGAACUAACAAUUAUGUCGAGUCUUUUCAUGCCACACUGAAGACGCAGAUUGGAAAACAUCCCAAUAUCUGGGAUUUCAUGCAGAAACUAUUGAUAGUUGAGAAUCAAUAUUAUUUGGAAAUGGAUCAAGUUCGCAGGCAUCUCCAGAUCAGAUCUCAUCUAUCUCAGAUUGAUAGAGCAGAAGUUACCAGUACUAUACAAAACUAUGUUGGUAUACUUAAUGAGAAUGGAGAUUUAUCCAUGUUUUUACGAAGAGCAGGCCAUCUUAUGGAUGGUUAUUAUCGAAAACAAGUUCGACCGCAACCAUUGUUAGUCAAAGAUUAUGAUUGGAAACUUACCAGAGUUGUUGAGAGAAUUUGUGUUGCUUUCUUCAAAAGUGUGUUUGCUUUACAUGACCACGGCUAUAUUCACACUAGAAGUUCUUUAAAUAAUAAUGAAUCAGAUGCUAAACAAUUGGAUAAUGAAGAUGACCAUUCUUAUGAAUCUUAUGAGGUAUUUGAUGAUGAAAUGCUGGAUCCAACCUUUGUUAUUAGUAAUGAUAUAAAUAAGGAUUCUAUAGAUCAGUUGAAUUUGGAUGUAUCUAUAGAUUUAGUGAGUAGUCAAAAUUUCACUGAAAAUAUCCAUGAUUCAAUAAUUAAUUCUCCAUUACACAUACCAAUUCCAACAAGUAAUAAAAAAUUGAGUCCUGCAGAAUUAAAGAAUAAUAGGUUGAUUAAAGAAGACAAUAAAAAAGAAAAAGCUAAACUUAAACACCCAUUUAAAGAUAUAACAUGUAAAGAUUCUUGUAGACAACAAUGUCGCCAUAGUGAUCUAACAAUAACUCAUAGAAAAGCUCUUUGGACAGAUUUUUGGACUCAAAAUUAUGUUGGAAGGAGGAGAUUUUUAGCAACAUGCAUAGAUAUAAAACCAGUUAAACGUCGAACAACUACAUCAAGUUUAGCAACAAAAAAUCAAUCUCGUUUCUUUUAUCUACCAAGUAUAAAUAGUAACCGAUUACAAGUGUGUAAAUCAACUUUUCUAUGUACUUUUGGCUACUCAAACGAUUCUAUUAUAACUGAACUUUGCAAGUAUAUAAAAGGUGACACCCCUUGUCUUUCAGCUGUGAAAGAGUAUAGGGGUGAAAAUAAUAAUUUGAGAACAUUUGACAGGGAAAUUAUAAUUAACCACAUUAAAACAUAUAACCCAUGUAUAAGUCAUUACAGAAGACACAAUGCUCCAAAUAUUUUAUAUUUACCCAGAGAACUGACAGUGAAAAUGAUGCAUGAUGAUUUUUGUUCAAAAAAUGAGAAAUUAAUUUGUCAAGAAUUGUACAGAACUGUCCUGAAAAGUAUGAAUAUAUCAUUGAAAAAACCAAACUCUGAUAUGUGUGAAGAUUGUUGUAUGUUUAAAAAUCAAAUUGAAAAUUUGGAAAAUGAGAAUGAAAUAGAAGUUAUUAAAAACAAAUUGGAAGAACAUAAGUUGAAAGCAUAUCAAGCUCAUAAGAUGUACAAAGAAGGUGCUACAAUAGAUAUAAGUGGCACUUCAAUUAGAGUAUACUCAAUGGAUUUACAAAAAGUAUUGUUACUUCCUAAACUACCAGAAUCCAAAACUAGUUUCUUUACUAGUCGUUUAGUAAAAAGGAGAGAAUAUAACAGAUGCCAUAUUAGCCUUAAUAAAGGAAGAAAGAGAUGUGACAAAUUUCAUAUUUUGGGCAGAUAA